GCAAACUCCGCCCCCAUGUCCCAUAGGCAUAAAAACACAAGCACUGUCCAGCCCAGCACUCAGAGGCACUGGCGCUCCUUUGAAGCAUCUUCUCCCUUUUCUCUCAGAUCUAAGCCCAACACAACAACUGCAAACAUGCAAGGAAGCAGAAGAGCAAUGUCCGUGUCCAACUAUAGCACCCGGCGGAGUGUGGCCCCAGUCAGCAGCUACUCUGUGAAAAGGACCUACACCUCAGGCGGCUCUUCCUAUGGAGGCAGCGGAGGCUACGGAGGCAGCGGAGGCUACGGAGGCAGCGGAGGCUACGGAGGCAUGGGCAUGGGUGGAGGCAUGGGCAUGGGCAUGGGUGGUGGCGGCGGCAGCAGCAUGUCCUACAGCCUGGGCAGCGGCUAUGGUGGCGGUAUGGUAUCUGCACCCAUCACCGCUGUCACCGUGAACCAGAACCUCCUGACCCCCAUGAAUGUAGAAAUCGACCCAAACAUCCAGGCUGUGCGCACCCAGGAGAAGGAGCAGAUCAAGACGCUCAACAAUCGAUUCGCCUCAUUCAUCGACAAGGUGCGCUUCUUGGAGCAGCAGAACAAGAUGCUGGAGACCAAAUGGAAACUUCUCCAGGAACAAACCACCACCCGCUCCAACAUGGAUGCCAUGUUCGAGGCCUACAUCGCCAACCUGCGCCGCCAGCUCGACGGCCUCGGCAAUGAGAAGAUGAAACUGGAGUCCGAGCUCAAUAACAUGCAGGGCCUGGUGGAGGACUUCAAGAGAAAGUAUGAAGAUGAGAUCAAUAAACGUGCAGCUGUGGAAAAUGACUUUGUGCUCCUCAAGAAGGAUGUUGACUCUGCCUACAUGAACAAAAUUGAGUUGGAGGCCAAGGUUGAUAUUCUUCAAGAUGAGAUCAACUUCCUCAGGGCCCUCUACGAAGCUGAGCUGCGUGAACUCCAGUCACAGAUCAAGGACACGUCCGUCGUCGUGGAGAUGGACAACACUCGUCACCUGGACAUGGACUCCAUCGUGGCUGAAGUCAAAGCUCAGUAUGAAGAUAUGGCUAACAAGAGCAAGGCUGAGGCUGAGGAAUGGUACAAAAGGAAGUAUGAGGAGAUGCAGACCUCUGUUGGUCAGUACGGGGAUGACCUGCGCAAUACCAAAGCUGAGAUUGCAGAGUUGAACCGUAUGAUCGCCCGCCUCCAGAACGAAAUCGAAGCAGUCAAAGGACAGAGAGCCAACCUGGAGGCUCAGAUUGCAGAGGCAGAGGAGCGCGGUGAGCUGGCAGUGAAGGACGCCAAGGCCAGAAUCAGGGACCUGGAAGACGCUCUGCAGAGAGCCAAGCAGGACAUGGCCCGCCAGGUCCGUGAGUACCAGGAGCUCAUGAACGUCAAACUGGCCCUGGACAUUGAGAUCGCCACCUACAGGAAGCUGCUGGAAGGAGAGGAGAGCAGACUGGUCACCGGCAAUGCUGCUACCAUUCAUGUCCAGGAGUCUUCAAGAAGCUCUGGAUUCAGUAGUGGAUCUGGAUAUGGAGGCGGCUAUGGCAGCUAUGGUGGCUCGAGCAGCAUGGGCGGCUCGAGCAGCAUGGGCGGCAUGGGCGGCAUGGGCGGCUACGGCACAGUCACCAAGUCCACAGUCACCUCAACAUCAUCAAGGAGAUAUUAAGGAGACAUGCACAGCCAUUUCUGUUUAAAUCAACCCAAAAUAAUCUUAACCAUGUAUCCGGUUAUGUUACAGAUCUGAGAGUAGAGUCA